AUGGCUUACACCGGCAGCCUCAGCGAGGCUCUGCAGAAGGCGGCGGACUACCUUGAAGAGAACCAACGAUUCCUGCCGAUGUACCUCCACCUACUCGUGUCCGCCCUCUUCCCAAUCUACGCAGGCGCCCAUGCUUCUCUCUCGCGGCCAUUGUCUGCCGGCAGAUCCAAGAAAAAGCCAAAGGACGACAUCGACGAGGAUGACGAAGAAGAGGAAGAGGACGAUGUGCAGAAGAUGGAGGGUUUGAGCAAUAGGGAUGCCAUUGUGUUCCCAAUCACUGCUGGCGUAGUGCUCGCUUCCCUAUACUUCCUCAUCAAGAAGUUUGGAGCGAACCUGAUCAAUUUGGUCUUGGGAGUCUACUUCUCUUUGAUCGGAACGUAUAGCGUUGGCAAGAUCAUCAACGAUGCAUGGACGACGAUUGAGAGCUUUGUCAGCCCAACCUACUACGUAGACCAAGGGAAGCUGUGGAAGGUCAAUAACAGUGAGCGCAAGGUGAUUGCGGUGGACACCAAGGGCAAGAGUGACAUGCAGAGAUCCUCUCCUCUAACUGGACCGCUUGGUCGUCUCCCACUACCAGAACCGCUACUUAGCCUUGCCUGGAGCUUGAAAGACUUGACGAAGCAGAAGUUCAAGGUCAAGGGCUAUCUGAAAGAUCACUUCGACUUCAGCGUGGUGUUGACCCGCCACAAUGCCAUCUCGUCAGUACUGGGCGCUUCUGCCAUCGCGUAUUCGAUCCUCGUCGGCAAGCCAUGGUGGCUCACCAACCUCCAAGGCUUUGCAGUCUCGUACGGUGCCUUGCAGCUCAUGUCGCCGACUACUUUCGUCACGGGAUCGUUGAUCUUGACUGGUCUCUUCUUCUAUGAUAUCUGGGCUGUCUUCUUCACUCCAUUGAUGGUCACGGUGGCCAAGAAUCUUGAUGUGCCGAUCAAGCUCGUCUUUCCGAGGCCAGAUGAGCCAGGUGCGCCCGGUGAGCCUCCUAUCAAGAGCUUCAGCAUGCUUGGACUUGGUGACAUUGUGCUGCCUGGUCUCAUGAUUGCUCUUGCUCUCAGAUUCGAUCUGCAUACUUUUUACCUUCGCAAACAAAAGACCAAACCGGAGUCGAUCGAUGAACAUGGCGAAAAGGAGGUCGAGUUUGCUCCGUACGUUGCAGCGACCGGCCACUGGGGCGACAAGUUUUGGACAAGAGGCGCUACUUCAUCUUCAUCACUCCGCGCUGUAAUGCCUGAGCUUCUCACAACCAGCUUCCCAAAGCCGUACUUCACUGCUACCAUGGUGGGGUACGUGUUUGGAAUGCUAUCGACGCUGAUCGUCAUGACCGUCUUUCAGCACGCGCAGCCAGCGCUGUUGUACCUUGUUCCUGGAGUAUUGAUCAGCUUGUGGGGCACUGGACUGGUGCGUGGCGAGCUCAAGCACAUGCUCGAUUACAGCGAAGCCCUCACUCUGGAUCCAGCCGAAACGAAAGACGGCAAGAAGGCCGAAACGACACCGGAAGACAACCGAUCGUUGUUUCAGUGGCUGAAAGACGAGCUACUCGGCACCGAGACGAAAUCUGAACAACAAAAGGCUCAGGAUGGCAAGAAGACGGACGAUAUCGCUGACGGCGCGGACAUGAAAUCAGCGGAGAAGAAAGUCAAGUCUUCAGGCGCCGACGACGGAGUGGUCAUCUCGCUCUACGUUACUCACCACAAGUUCAAAGGAGCGUCUGCAUCUACCCAGAUUGAGUCACCAUCGUCCGAGAAGGAUGGGCAAGCACAUCGCACAUCUGAGUCAAUCUCCGAGGACACAGUCGUGGUAUCUUCGACCGACCUGGAUGUUCCCAACGACAGCGAAUCACACAAGCGCCGCGUAACGCGCGGCAAAGGUUACAGCGAGAAGUAG